GCCUGAAAGUAGUGGAGAUUGAGAAAUGCAAGAGCGACAUUAAAAAGAUGAGGGAGGAAAUGGCAGCAAGAAGCAGCAGGACUAACUGUCCCUGCAAGUACAGCUUUUUGGAUGAAAACAAGAGGCCGACUCCCCGACGGGAUGUACCAUCCUACCCAAAGUACAUGCUGUCCCAGGAGACCAUUGAAGCACUUCGGAAACCAACCUUUGAUGUCUGGCUAUGGGAGCCCAAUGAGAUGCUGAGUUGUUUGGAACAUAUGUACCAUGAUCUUGGGUUGGUAAAAGACUUCAACAUCAAUCCUAUCACAUUAAAGAGGUGGUUGCUGUGUAUUCAUGACAAUUACAGAAACAACCCCUUUCAUAAUUUCCGACACUGCUUCUGCGUGACCCAGAUGAUGUACAGCAUGAUCUCGCUCUGCAACCUCCAGGAUAAAUUUUCCCAAAUUGACAUCUUGAUUCUCAUGACUGCAGCAGUAUGCCAUGACUUGGACCAUCCAGGCUAUAACAAUACUUAUCAGAUAAAUGCACGAACUGAGCUUGCGGUACGCUACAAUGACAUUUCCCCACUGGAGAACCACCACUGUGCUGUGGCUUUCCAGAUCAUUUCCCAGCCAGAAUACAACAUUUUCUCCAAUGUCGACCAGGACCAAUUCAAACAGAUAAGACAGGGGAUAAUUACAUUAAUCCUGGCUACAGACAUGGCGAGACAUACAGAAAUACUGGACUCUUUCAAGGAAAAAAUGGAAAAUUUUGAUUACUCAAAUGAAGAACACAUGACCUGUCUGAAGAUGGUACUGAUAAAAUGCUGUGAUAUCUCCAAUGAAGUCCGUCCGAUGGAAGUAGCGGAGCCCUGGGUAGAUUGCUUACUUGAGGAAUAUUUUAUGCAGAGCGACCGAGAAAAAUCUGAGGGGCUUCCAGUAGCACCGUUCAUGGACCGUGAUAAAGUGACCAAGCCGACAGCACAGAUUGGCUUCCUGAAGUUUGUUCUCAUCCCCAUGUUCGAAACAGUAACAAAGCUAUUCCCAGAAGUGGAGGAGGUGAUGCUCCAGCCCCUUUGGGAAUCCAGGGACCGCUAUGAGGAAUUAAAACAGAUAGAUGAUGCUAUGAAAGAGUUGCAGAAAAAGAAAAGUGAAAGUUUGACCACUGGCAGUACCGAAAAGUGA